GCGGCUGAACUGAAUCUGCCUAUCAACGUUGGUGGAAGUGUACGCAAGAUAUCGGAGCUCGGGUUGAGAUUUGUUGUGGAUUAAAAAAAAAAAAAAAAAGCGUUAUUUUCAGAUUAAAAAAAAUAUAUAUUUUUGUAGAAGAUGGUGUCUCACUCGCUGACGGUGCCAAUGAUCAUUUUCACCACUCUCUGGGGGCUGGUUGGCAUUGCUGCUCCCUGGUUCGUGCCGAAGGGACCCAAUCGAGGUGUUGUCAUCACAAUGUUGAUAACAACUGCUGUGUGCUGCUAUCUCUUCUGGCUGGUGGCGAUCCUGGCCCAGGCAAACCCUCUAUUUGGACCCCAACUGAAGAAUGAGACCAUCUGGUACCUGAGGUAUUACUGGGAGUGAGUCCCUGAAGUGUUACGGAUUCCCCUCUGUGUCAGUGCUCUCCAUUCCAUUCAGCCAAGAUCAUGCUUUUAUUUCAACCUCCUUCCCGACCAACAAGCGACGAACAGUGUGGGAAAGGAAACAGCGUUUUGGUUUUAUUAACAUGUAAAAUGUGAAGAUGGACCUUUUAGAUUUGAUGACAUUCCUGGAGUUCUUACUUUCAUAACGAUUCACGUGCACAUUUUAUUUGUUUGUUUAUUGAUUGAUUGAUUGAUUGAUUGAUUGAUUGAUUUUAGGGUAGCUUACCUGUUUUGAAUAUUUUACAACCUGUGCUUUCUGUCCGAUUCGUGACCAGGAAUUCUUGUACACGUUACCCCUGAUCAAAUUGUUUGUAUUUUAUUUAUUUCAGUUCAGAAAUGUCUUUUUUCCAUAGCUGUGUUGUGUUGUGCGAGAUUUGCUAGUAAAAGCGUUACUUGUUUUAGUAGUGUUUCAGGCAGAUGAUGUGAUGUGGGUUAGACGAAACUGAACCAAUAGACUUCUGUUUUAGGCCGCACUGCCCUCCUGUGCCACUGUUCAAACCACAGGGCCACCAUGCUUUAGGAAAUGCCAAUACAUUCUUAACCUUGGACCUGUGCUUUUUGUUUUGUGUACAUUUUUAGUUUUGGAGGCAGCGUGGCUUUGUAAGUUAAGAACAUGAGUAAGAGACAGGACUGUUUAGCCACAGUAACAUCCCAUAUUGUGCCCCAACCCAGAUAAAAUACAAUUACGAAUCUCUGCUGCACUGUUCUGAGGAAAGGAUUUCUUUAAUAACAUAUCUCUGGCUUGGAGGCAGUGGGGACUAAGUUUAGGUUUUAUGGUAAGUCUGCAUUACAUGUUUGAACACAACAAAGUAGCUGGUUUAGUUUCACAAUUAAAUGUGCAGAAAUGGUAGAUGUGAAAUAAAGGUAAAAAAAAAAAGAGA